AGCAGGGCUCAUAUUAACUAUCUGUACUAUAACUUCACCCACUAUGGCCUGCAGCAGAGUUGUGCAAGUGGAAUUUUCUCCAGAAGCAGCAUGACAAGGAGACACAAGUGUAUUUGGACAGAGAUGCAGCCAGCUCUGUUUCCAUGAAACCCACUGUUAGGGAUUGCAACAGUGUGUGUGUGUGCAGUCGCACAAGCCUGAGAAACCACAGUGAGGUCACGUCUCACACCCUACACGCACACACACAUAUUCUGUGGGCACAUGCACACUUCUGCUGGAGCUGCAAAGAUAAUCAAAAUGAUCUUCAUGUGUAAAACACCUACACACAGAAGCAACAAGUUAUAGCUGCUACUAGCGCAGCAGAAGGUUUCCCAAAGGGAAAACUAAGCCUUGUUUCCAAGAGUCAUUCAGAAAGAGGAACUUUGCACAGAGAGGAGGAAAUAUCCACUCUGCUGGUUUAUUUUACAAAGUGUUGUGCACGACAUAUUGACCUUCAGGAAAUAACAGGAUAGAAUCUGUAACGAAGCUGUGCCAGAAACUGCAGUUCCUCUAAUGGCCACUUGAGGGUGACUUCAAAAGCGAAUCAAGACUCAUGCAUGAAAAAACAUAAUCGCAGCCUGAUCUGGGUGUGGUUGCUCUGACUCACAGGUGAGCCGACACAGUCACCUGUUCUCUUGGCCCAUCUGAACCACAACUGUGAUGUUGGUACCUGUUGAAGCAUUUUAAUUAGAAUGAUCUGACACAGUAUGUGUGGCCCCAGGUGACUACAGAUUAUCUUUACAUCAUGGCGGAGAGUGCGGACAUGGAGCAGCUCCUCACAGCUUUCAGGAAGUUUGCUGUCCAUGGAGACACAAAGGCAACAGGCAAGGAUCUAACUGGGAAGAACUGGGCCAAACUGUGCAAAGACUGCAAGAUCAUCGAUGGCAAGAACAUCACGGGCACUGACGUGGACAUCGUCUUCUCCAAAGUCAAACAGAAGACGUCUCGGGUCAUCAAUUACGAGGAGUUUCAGAAAGCUCUGGAAGAGCUGGCUCCUAAGAGGUUCAAAGGUCAAAGCAAAGAGGAGGCACUGCAGUCUAUCCACAAGCUGGUGGAAGGCCGAGAGCCUACCAACGUUGGUGUGACGAAAGUGGCAAAGACACCAGCGGUGGACCGUCUGACCGACACAUCCCGUUACACUGGAUCGCACAAGGAGCGCUUUGACGAGAGUGGCAAGGGCAAAGGUCGCGAGGGUCGUGAGGAGAUUGUGGAGAACACGGGCUACGUGGGAGCGUACAAGAAUGCCGGGACGUAUGACACAAAGGUGAAAGCUGAGAAAUGAGGAAGCCGGAGGCAGCGCCCCCUGCUGGGAGCUGACUGGAAGCACAGCUCCUCAACAGCACUUAGUCUGGACCAAACCUUGAACUUUGACCCUUCUAUGUCUGUGUGGAUGUCUGUGUGUUUGCACUGGACAGAGCUUUAUGUUCAUUCUGAUUUGCAGAUAAACAUGUGGAUCUGACAGAGGUGAGGUAUUGGCCUCAUAUCAACUCAUCAGCGCCCCCUUUGGCUGUAAUAUUCAUCACACAUCUGGACUUUUUGUUCAUUCUCGGUGGCCCCAUUCAGAGCAAGGAGGUGGGUGAUGUAAUCAUUACCUGCUCUGCUCAGUGAUGGUAAUCCAGUCAGCAGCAUGUGACUCAGUGUUCAGCUCAGUAAUAAUGAGCUGUUUCUCUGACCUGGCUUCUCCUACUGUGCUUUCAAUCCUGUCCAGAGCCUCACUCAUGUGAUUCAAAUUCUUUCAUUCUCCCUAUGAAGGCACCAGUGCUGCUGCUAAUCUGAUUAUCUUUAUAGCUUUUAUUUGGUUACACAGAAGCAAACUCAAAAACAGGAAACAGGUUCAGCAUUUUCUGGAAGUCAUUUUAAAUCUAAGGAUACACGUUUAAUUUUGUUGACUAAAUUCCAUCUCUGAGGAUAACUGCACACACUUUGCUUCCCUUUGAGUCAGUAGCGCCCCCGUGGGGAGGCUUUUCUAUUUGUCCUGCUGAAUGUCCAUUUCUUUUACGAGUCCACUCAUGAUACUAUGCUAUCACAAUAGGUCGCCUGUAUAAUGAUGGUAUCACGAUACAGCAACUCUGUGAUAUUUGACACAAUGUGCAACAAUCAACAAUGCAGAGAAAAAUGUAUUUAUUCUCUGCUUUCAUCUUUAAUAACACAAUAAUACAAUAAUUCAAUUAACGCUGUCCACCCUUUUCUGCUUCACUGCAGUUUAGGGAACGUCCCUGCUCCCUCUUCCAUUUCCAUGAGGAGUCAUAAAAUGCUGAUUCCAGGAAUCCAUUUAGCACACCUGCAUGUUUGAAUAAAAAUCUCAGUAUGUGCAGCUGCUGUACUGAUAACUGCAUCACAACAGGAAGCAAUAAAAUAUCAGGACUGAAAGAGCUUCUUGGAUGAGAGGUGAGACGUCUUCACGAAACUUAAAGGAGUCCAGUCGCUUUAUUCCCAAGCUCCUUAGACUGUAUAUAUCGCAUUAGUGAGACUUUACUCCUCUGCUGUUAACCUGAAUAACUAUAGUGACGGCUUCAUUGCUCACCUCCUUCUGUGAUGUUCAUGUGUCUGAAUGGGGCUGUAGUUUGUGUGUAAAGUCGUUUAGCAAAUUAAAUUCUCACUGCCCAUUCCAAAAAAAGGUUGACGUGUUAAUACUCAUAGUAUAUAUAUAUAUAUAUAUAGUAUAUUCAAUCUCCUUGAAAAAAGAAAGUCAAACAAACAAAAACUCUCAACCAUCUCUGGAUCCACAUCAAAUUAUGAUCAAACUGUUUCUGCAAUGCUGAAGUUUCUGAAGCCAUGUUUGCAUUUUUCAUCUUUUUGUUAUAUAUAAUUUUUUCAGCCUGAUUUUUCUUCUGCAAAACAAAUAUUUUACAUCUUCCCCAAGAGCUUUACGUGUUAAUUAUUGUUGUUGAUGCAGUGUAAGUAAAUUUAGUGAACAAAUAAAAGCUUUAAAAUGGUU